AUGGGUGCUCAAGACGAUUCCAAGAAACCGGCGUCAUACGCAGACGAAAUGCAGAAACAAACCCGCGCAGAGCGUCGCUUCGACGACGUCGAGGCCGAGCUUCCAAACCCCACCGUCCCGACCCUCCAGUCCGCCGCCUUCACCGCCAGCGGUCUGCUGUCGCAUCUCGGCAGCUACAACCCAUGGGGCCGACCCGUGACCGAGGACGACAUCGUCUGGCUGCUCGACAACACCGCCUAUAAGCCCUCGCGCCUGGGCAGCUGGCAGGCCGAGUUCGUUGCGGCCGUCUUCGAGAGAGAGCCCAAAUGCAAGGUCGUCGAUAUCGUGCAGGGCGUCGCGAAAAAGCUGGGCAUUGCGGACGAUUCGGAGGAUUUCAAGACCAUUGAAGAGAGGAUACUGCCGUUCCUGUGGGAUGUCCAGCCGGCUCGUCAUCUUCGGGUGGUGCAACAGAAGAAGGAGCUCAAGCUGGGCCCGUCUGCGUCCAACGGCAUCACCACCGACACGCUGAAGAUCCACGAGCAGCAGCCGGGAACGAUGCUUGCGUCAAGCGCCAUGGUUCCGCAGGGCACGUCGGGGCUGCUCAAGAUGCAGACCUAUUUUGCAGCACCAGAGGGAUGGGCCAUCAUCUCAGAUGUCGACGACACCAUCAAGCUGACACAGACGAGCGACCCGGUCGGCAUUCUCCGCGAGACAUUCGUCAACGAGCCGACACCCAUUGAAGGCAUGCCGGAGCUGUACAGGAGUAUUGCAGCGCUUCUGCCCAAGGAGUCCCCGUGGUUCUACCUCUCCGCGUCUCCGUACAAUCUGUACCCGUUCCUGAAAGAGUUCCGCGACAAGUACUAUCCUCCAGGAACCAUAAUUCUCCGCGACUCGAGCUGGAAGACCCUCGCCGGUCUGCUGUCGGCGCUGACCUUGGCGACUGAGGAGUACAAGGUGCAACGGAUGAAGAAGGUGCACGAAUGGCUUCCAAAGAGGAAGAUGAUUCUCAUCGGCGACUCGACACAAUCCGAUCCCGAGGCGUACGGCGACAUCUACCGCGAAUUCAAGGGCUGGGUCAAGCUCAUCCUCAUCCGCAAGGUGGCCGACAUCGCGGCAGUCGGAAUCUCGGCAAAGAACGAACCAGAGCGCUUUGAGAAGGCAUUCAAGAACAUUCCACGCGACGACUGGUUUGUCUUCGAGAACCCGGUCGACUGCACCAAGAUCAUCCGUGAUGUCGUCGCGCAGGGCUAA